AUGUCAAGUGAGCAGGCGGGCAGUGAUGACGACGAUUCGAAUUCGCCAUGGGGCGAUCCUGCGAACGCAAUUUGGGAGGCCUUCAAGUCGAGUCCCGAGCUCGUCACGCUGGAUUUCGACGCCCGAGUUCCAGUCCCGUUCAGCGUCUUUCCCUCAACAUACAAGAAUCAAGAGGAGACUGCCGAAGUCAAGACUGACGAGCGCGUAACUGUUGAAGGCGCUGGACGGGAAGAUCGACGUGAGCGAUACACCUCUCAAGCCGGCCCUUCUUCCCGUCGAGACGACCGCUACCGCGAGGACAUCCGCAUCUCUGAACAAGACCGCUAUCGCUCCGGCAGAGACAACAGGCGCGAGGACAUCCGCAUCACCGAGGAUAACCGCUACCAAGGUAUCGGCCGCAACCAAGAGCAGGACCGCGUCGACACUCGUGUAGAGGUAGACGUUGACCGCCAGCGUUAUCGGGAGCCUUACCAGAGGUACACCGACGCCCAGAUCGACGUUCAGGACCGCACCUACGACCGCGAGUACCCAACCCGUCACACUCCCGCAACCCAAGUCGAUCUCGACACCCGCAUCGACAUUGCCGAGCGGGACUACCGAGACCGUACUACUCCAUUCACCGAGGAGUACAGAGCUUCUCGUGGUUGGCAAGACCAGUCGACCUCCCCACGCGACUACCCAGCCGACGGUUACGCCGAGCGUGACACCGUCCGCUUCGACGACAAAGUAAGAGUCGAAGACCGCACCGUCGACGCACCAGCCGAAGGUCGUCGUCACCGACUUGACAUGGGAUAUUACGACGAGGACGGCCACUACCACUCCUUCCGUCACGGUCUGCACCGCGCUGCUGACCGCGUCCUGCACCCAUUCGAGAGCCACGAGCGUCGUCACCACGGUGGUGUCGUUGAGCGUGAAGAGGACGUUGUUGUCAAGGACCGCGAAGUCACCAUGAGCGCCCCACGCUACUCCGGCGAGCGCGAGUACUCGUCGUCUCGCUACGUUCGCCCAGCCGGUGCCCCCAACACCAUCACCAUCCCCUGCCACCACAUCCGCAUCGGCGACCUGCUCAUCCUGCAAGGCCGCCCAUGCCAGGUCAUCCGCAUCACCACUUCCGCCCAGACUGGCCAGCACCGCUACCUUGGUGUUGACCUCUUCACCAAGCAGCUCCACGAGGAGUCAUCGUUCGUCAGCAACCCAAGCCCAUCCGUCAUCGUCCAGAACAUGAUCGGUCCUGUCUUCAAGCAGUACCGUGUGCUCGACAUCCGUGAUGAUGGCCGCGUUGUUGCCAUGACCGAGACUGGUGAUGUGAAGCAGGGCCUUCCCGUGCUUGACCAGAGCAACCUGCUCAACCGCCUCAUCGACACCUUCAACAACGGUCGUGGCAGCGUUCGUGUUCUCGUCAUCAGCGACGAGGGCCGUGAGCUCGCCGUCGACUACAAGGUCGUGCAUGGUAGCAGACUGUAA